UCCUGUCCCCCCCACACACACACUUGGCCAGCCUCUCCCUCCCUCAUUUCGUCCAUCCUCUUAUUUGCUUCCAACUUCCAGGAGAAGCGGGUCAGAAGAAGGAUCUCCCUUUCCCCUGCCAUCCAUGGAGCGCCCGGUCGGUGCCACCCACUUGGCACCCUCCGGCUUGGCUGAUGCCCUCCUCUGCUGACUCCGGAGCUAGGCGAGCCUGGACCUCCCUGCCCCAGCACCCAUCGCCCGCUCGCCGAGCAGACCCAGGACGAAGAGGAUGCCAGUCCCUGGGUACCUGUUGGCAAUCGCCCUCUUGUGCGCUCAGCCGGUGUUGACUUCCGAGCAGCCAGCAGGAGUGGUGCCCUUCGAGGAGGUCUGGAAACGCAGCUACUGCCAGGCCCGUGAGACCCUGGUGGACAUCCUGAGCGAAUUCCCCCAUGAGACCGAGCACAUCUUCAAGCCCCCCUGCGUCCCCCUCUGGAGAUGUGCCGGUUGCUGUGGGGACGAGAGCCUGGAGUGCAGCGCCGUGGAGACCCGGACCAUCGACUUGCAGGUGGUCCGAGUGAGCCCCAUCCUGGCCACGAGUCAGCAGGAAGAAAUGAAGUUUGUGGAGCACACCCGCUGCUCUUGCAGGCCUCGGCGGAAACGUUUGAAAGGCGAGAGGAGCCACCGGAUUGGGGCCAAGAGGAGACCCCGGGAGCCAAGCCUGACGCCUCUCACACCACUCUGCAAACUCCCCGGCGCAGGGAGGCCGGAGGCCCAGCACAGAGACCAAGAAGAAGCCAAGAGUUCACCCCUGUCCGAGAGAGAUGUUCCCCUCUGAAGUCCGGGCGCAGGCAGGGCUGCUUCUCUCCCAGCUGCCCAUGCAAGGACAGUGGACAGAGAAUCCCCUGCAAAGCCCAGUCUGUGGGGUGCCCUCUGGGGGGCAGGGGCUGCCCUUUUCUUGACACUGAUGGGAUCGGGGGACCCUCCAUAUGCAGAGGGGUGGGAGAGACGUCCACUGACUGGUCCCCAGUUAUGUAUUACAGACUUCCCAUAUCUGGUCCCCGCCAGCUGUUUUGAACUUGGAACUCCAAAACACCCAGAGAGCGCCAGGUUGGGGUGGCUGGACUGUGGCAUGCCUAUGCGUUUCCUCCUUCUUCUGAUGACCCAACAAGGCAUGUUCUGUUUCUGCAGGAAAAGGGGCCUUUUGCAAAGCAUUCCUGCCCCCCCACCCCACCAUUGCCUCCCUCCUCCCUCUCUUAUUUAUGACGCAUCAUUCUUAAGUCCGAAACACAUGUCUGGUCCAGGUGUGCAUCUUGCGUGUGGCUGUAUGUGUGGAAGUGAGUGUUUUGUGUCCACCCAAAUGAUGUUGCAUUGGCUUCCGUGCGCUCCUAGCACAAAAGAAGAUGCAAAUGUUGUGGUUUUAUCUAUGCCCCGCCAUCAGGGACAACCCAGUGCUUAUUUCUGAAAACAGGAGAUGUUAUAUGCGCUGACCGAAAUCAAGGCACUUCAAACCCCAGAUAAGUGAGAGUAAGCUUUGGCUACUCAGUGGUGGAGAGGGAAAGGCACUCUGCACAUGUUCAAUGACACUCUUUCCACUAUUAUUAUACCAUAUAUUUCAGUUUAUAUCUUCAUUAGCCUCUCAUCUUGCAAGUCAGCCUUCCAAGUUCAUUAGAAUUACUUGAAGGACAUUGAAGCCCACAUCAUUUAUAUUUCUUUUUAGCCACUGGCUUAUGAAGCCAUUCAUGCCUCCUUCAUUUCCUCGACGAAACACUGCAGGGCCUUUCCUUCUGGACUGCUGAGAAGCCUGCCUUUUGAAGUGCCUUGGAAUUAGUUGUACAGCGCUGAACUGCAUUGAAGUCUGCUGCGUGUUUCUUUUAAGCACCAACAGAUGGAGCUGUUGCUUUCCUUAAUUCUGCUGUCAGGGAUGCUCUGGUGAAGAGAAUACCACUUUUUAAAACUAGGCCCGUAGAGUGUAGGAAUCCUGCGGCAGGAGAUCCUGAAGUGUAGAAGGAAAGUCGACAGUUAACCUAGGUGUGGCACUGGUACCCUUUUGGUUAUUAUGGCCACAAACCACUUUAAAAGACACACCCACCUGCACGGAUGAAAGAAAGGAUUAUAUAUUUGCAUGCAUGCUCUGUGGAUGGCUAAGAACAGAUCUACCACCUGCAAGUUCUGUGUGGUGGUUUGAUUUCAUUUGGUAUUGGUGCAUUACAGAGGAUAAGACUUACCCAUGACUAUCAGUGGUUAAGAGCCGCAAUGGUUAUGCUCCGCCUCUACAGACGGAGGCAUUAAUGCUUUUGAAUACAAGGAGGGAAGAGCGUUCUUGUGCUCAGAUCCUGCUUGUGAGCCUCCCAUUGGAGCACCUUAUCGGCCACUGUGAGAACAGGAUGCUGGACUAGAUUGGCCAUUGGCCUGGUCCAGCAGGCUCUUCUUAUGGAGCCUCCAGGUCCAGAGGCAGUCUACCUGGGUUCCUAGAGGUAUUUGGCCACUGGGAGAACAGGAUGCUGGCCUGAUCUUAUGGCCUUACGACUACAGAGCUUAAACAAACUGAUAGGGUUUGUGUGUGCUGUGUCUUUCAACCUUUUUUGGGAGGUGGGAAAUAGAUUAAGGAAGUCAAACGAAACUGGGAUGUUCACUUCCUUUCUGGCGCUAUGGAAAUCCUGGAGAUCAAACCACUUGCAAAAAUUAUAUUCAUGUCUACGGGAAAUAUAUGUCACAAAGUGAUAGAUUUUGUGGUUUCAGACGUGUGGUUUUGAUGUUCCAAUCGAGUGAGCUGGUUGUAAAGGUGAGUUUUAUCUGCUUCCUUUUCUGGGCUGUUAAAUCUACAAGAGUCUGACUGUGAUUCAUUCCCCUCGCCCCAAUUAUGGCCAAAUAAAUUCUCUCCCUGCCAGUGUUUGCAUUACAAAAAUGCACACAAAUAUUCUUAAUUGUAAAGUGAAAAAGUUCCCAGGCACUUUUCGAGGGGUGGGGUGGGGGCCUUUUCUGAUAAAGAGACAGUGUGAUUUAGUGGUCAGACUAGGACCUGGGAAACCAGGUUCUUAUGACUGCAGAGCUUAAACAAAUUGAUAGGGUCUGUGAUUGUGUCUUGUGUCUUUCAAUUUUUAUUGGGAGGUGGGAAUCAGAUUAAGAAGGCAGAAUGAGACAGGUGCUCACUUCCUUCCUGGUUCUACAUAAAUUCUGGCGAUCAAACCACUAUUAAAUUUUUUAUCUGUGUCUGAGGGAAAGAUCUGUAACACAGUGGUUGCUUUUGUGGUUUCAGACAUGUGGCUUUUUAUGUUCUGAUUGAGUGAGAUGGUUGUAAAGGUGUGUUUUAUCUGUUUCCUCUUUGGGGCUGUUAAAUUUACAAGAGUCUGAUGGUGAUUCAUUUGCCUCUCCCCAAUUAUGGCCAAAUAAAUUCUCGCCCUGCUGGUGUUUGCUUUACAAAAAUGCACAUGAGUAUUCUUAUUUGUAAACAGAUAUUUCCCCCCUUUUCCCCCCGACAAGUGUUUCAAAUUGUGGGCGUCAUUGGAUUUUGGGAUUUUAAAAUAAUAUUUUUUAAAAAAAGCAUUGGUGCCGCAGCUAAAUCCUUUUAAAAGGCUCGAUUUCAAUGGGACAUAGGCACAAGGAACCAUUUUCAACUGAAAAGGCAAUUUGCUUUGACUCCAUCCAAUAGAAAGGUCACCAGACAUUUUUCUAUAGACAGUUUAAAGAUUUCUUUUUUCUUUCUUUCUUUUUUCAAAGCGCCAUUAAAAAACAAAAACAAAAAUGGAGAAUUCAGCUUUCAAAGAAGUUCCCAGGCACUUUUUGAGGGUGCGGUGGAGGGAAAUUUCCUGAUUAAGAGCCAGUGUGGUGUAGUGGUUAGAGUGUCGCACUAGGACCUCGGAGAGCCGGGUUCAAAUCUCCACUCGGCCAUGAAGCUCACUGAAGCUCACUUGGAGUCAGUCACUCCUUCUCAACUAAACACAGGGCUGUUGUGUGGAUUAAAUAAUAGAACUGGAAGGGAACCCAAAGGUCAUCCAGUCCAACCCCCUGCAACUGUAGAGUUGGAAGGGAACCCAAAGGUCAUCCAGUCCAACCCCCUACAAUGCAGGAUUCACAGUACUGGUAGGCAGCUAUCGAUCUGGCAGUUGCCAUCACUAUCAGCUCCACGCUGGGCGAAGAAGUCCUUCCUGCUGUCUGUCCUGAAUCUUCCAGUGUUCACCUCCAGUGGAUGUUUCCGCUGGGGUCUAGUGUCAUGAGAGAGGCCUCUCCAUUUACUCCACCCUGUGCCAAAUAUUCUCAGCAAGCCUUGCCUCUUGAGAUUUGGCCCCUUGAGGUAUGCAAAGUAUGUUGGCAGCCACUGAAGGAGGAGCUGUCCUACAGGCCAGAGUUUAUUCCAGGUAUGCAUUUUUCUCCCUUGCACAAGUAGGGGUAUUCCCCUCCCCUUACACUAGGAGGGGCAGCUAAGGCCACAGAAGACAGAAUCAGAAUUCAAAACGACCUUAACAGAUUGGAGAGCUGGGUGCAAGCUAACAAAAUCAAUUUCAAUGGGGACAAAUGUCAGGCUCUGCACUUAGGCAGAAAGAGCCAGAUGCACAAAUAUAGGAUGGGGGACACCUGGCAUACUAGCAGUACAGUAUAUGUGAACAGGAUCUAGGGGUCUGUGUGGACCAGAAGCUGAACAUGAGUCAACAAUGUGAUGCAGCAGCAAAAAGAGAAAAUUCUAUUCUAGGCUGCAUCCACAGAAGUCUAGUCUCCAGAUCAAGGGAAGUCAUAGUAUCACUCUAUUCUGCCUUGGCCGCCAGACCACAUCUGGGAUACUGUCUCCAGUUCUGGGCAGCACAAUUUAAGAAGGAUGUUGACAAGCUGGAAGGUGUGCAGAGGAGGGCGACCAAGAUGAUCAAGGGAACCAAGCCUUAUGAGGAGCAGUUGAAGGAGCUGGGUAUGUUUAGCCUGGAAAAGAGGAGAUAGGAUAGCCAUCUUCAGAUAUCUCAAGGGCUGUCAUAUGGAAGAUGGAACAAGCCUGUUUUCUCCUGCUCUGGAGGGUAGGAGUUGAAUCAGUGGCUUCAAGUUACAAGAAAGGAAAUUCCGACUAAACAUUAGGAAGAACUUUCUGAUGGUAAGAGUCAUUCAGCACUGGCACUCACUCCCUUGGUGGUUUUAAAGCAGAGAUUGGGUGGCCAUCUGCCAGGGAUUCUUCAGCAGUGAUUUCUGCAUUGCAGGGGGUUGGACUAGAUGACCCAGGCUGGUCCCUUCCAACUCUAUGAUUCUAAGUCAGCCACCCUCUUAUUAAGGAUGGAGUUUUUCCAAGGUGGAGAGGAAGCCCUCAAGGGAAUCUGGUGAUGGACUUCUUAAUCUUCAGCAGGGGAGAGAAAUGCCAAGCUGGCAAGGGCAGGAACCGCUCCUGGCUUUACUGCUACUUUUCUGCUUUCGGGGAGAGGCGCUGCUGACUCCUGAGGGCGACUCCCGGCUCCGGAGCCCGAGAGAAAGGCUGGCGGCUAGCAUUCCAAAGCCAUGUGUCACCCGGCGGGCGCGGGGGCUGAUGGGAGUUGUAGUCUUCUCCCACCUCCAGCUGGAGAAGUCCCAGGUGCGCUGCAGUCAAGAGCCCCGGGACCUUUUCUCUUUCCUGAUCCUCUCCUCGGUUGUUUUAGCUGGCCGUAGGACUCCCUCACCCCGCCUGCCCUCCAUGUGCCAGCUAAUAAGAAACAGUGAUGUAGCCCCUGAGCAUGGGCAAAGGACUUUUGCCCCCCUCCCUCCCUCAAGGGAAUCCAGGGCGAAUCAGAAUGAUAAAAAAUGACAGGGAAUGCAAUUUAAAGCAGGAAGGCGCAGAGUUUCCCAAGGGGGGCGCGUUGUACCCCCCCCCG